AAACAUCAUCCCCUCUUAUUAUGCUGAUAUUGAAAGCUAUGCCCCGAUUGAACCUGAAUUUGUGUAUACUUGUAUCUUAUCACUUUUAGAACUAACAUCAUGGAGAUUCUACAUAUAUUUAUAUCUUUAGGACUUCUUGGGUUCACACAAUCGUUUCUGAUGCAUCAUGAACUUUGCGAAGAGAUCAUGUUUGUGGACUGUAAAACAGAGGCCUUACCAGGAAAUAAAUUAUAUCGAGAUAACAAUGGAAUACUUUACGACAACUUUUGUACAUACAGCCAAGCAAAGUGUAAAGACAUUUCUAUUGAUUUAGAAACCGUGUGUACCUGUGAGCGUCCUGGCACGAAUAAUCAAGUUUCAGGUACGUCAGUACAAUGGACACCAACACAGAAAACUACGAUGAAACCUUUGAUUACAGCUUCAUUUUCUACACCACCUACAGUACAGUCUACAAUGGGUAUGUCUGCAACUGUUCCAUCCAGUGUACCUGUAACAACACAGAAAAAUUUGGCAUCAGCCUUUUGCCAAAAUAAGGAUUUGGUUAAUUGUCCAUCGAACACGGCACUUAUAUGUGGGUCAGAUAACAAAAGCUAUAGCAGAUGUCAGCUUGCCAAGGCUCAGUGUGACAACCCAAAUAUUUCGAUUAUCAAGGAGGGAGCAUGCUGAUCCUAAGAGAUAUAUUCAUGAACUGUUUAUAUAAAUUAGUUGUGUAAUUAAUGAAAAAUGAGUUGUCUCGUGAUUUGUAUGGAGAAAGUAUAUUAAAAAAAAUCACUAUGG